UACCGGCCCCGAAUCAAUAGUUCCGCUACUGAAUGUGAUCCAGACACCUUGAUAAACAUCAAUACGACCUCGCCAGUUGCAUAAAAAGAUACAUUUAAAAAUGCAUAUAACCAAUGGAUGAUCCCGUGGAACGGUGCUGAUAUCCAAGUACAGAGAUACGCUGACUAAACCUCCGCGUUGUGAGGAGAUUUGGCAACUGCACUGUCACACGCUAUUCUAUAGCUAAACAGCUGCAGAGUUGCGUCGUUGAGGAAUUUUGUUGGAAAUAUAUAUAACAAUUUACGAAAGUUCCUUCGUAAUUUGAAAAUAGUGCCGAAAAUCUAUCACUUCCGAUUAAGGUGUGGCUUCUAAAUAAUUAACUUGUCAGCAAUGGGUGAAUUGACUGGGUUCCAAUCAUUACCGGUGGAGAUGCAGUAUCAGAUAUUUUCUUAUUUGGACUUACCCUCUCAUCUCAAUAUCAGGAAGGUCUGUCGACAAUGGAACCAAAUGAUUAUUGAACAGGAAAAAAUGUACUCUACUUUUGUAAUCAAAAUUGAUCAUCAAAAUGGAUCAGAUCCAGCAUUGUCUAGUCUGGUGGGAUGGCAAAAUUUAAGGGUAGUGGGAUUACAAAAUAAAGUCUCGGUAAAUGCAAACUUCAUCAAAACUCUCCUGAAGAUAGAAACGUUUCGAAAAAUAGAGUUCAAAGAGUGUGGAAUCUGGUGGACUUAUCUACUACAUAAAUUUGCGGGACAUCCUACCUGGACAGAUUUGGUGAUCUAUGACUGUUUCGCAGUCAAAGAAUCUAAGCGCCAGUGUCCAUAUAAGAUUUCCUCAAACUCUGAGAAACGGCUCACCUGCAGGUUGAAGAGGAGUAAUAUGAAUGCAUUCAUGGACAGCAUAAAUUAUGUCGAGCUACAGUUGAUGAGUCUUAACGUGCAGAAGCCGCUAAACGGAAAGUGUCCACAAUUAAACAUGGCAAAAUAUAGGGAAAGUCUGCAUUUACUCAUCCAAAGGUGUCGAUUCUCCCUGAAGGAGUUGAACGUUUAUACAGAAGGACUGCAAGGCUGCCAUAAUUUGGCCGAGUAUUUUAAUGAUAUGCCUCUGGAAAAGUUGCGGCUUCCUGUCCUCAACGAUCCUAUAUUCGCCACUGACGAUUGUCUUGCCAAAAAGCUAGACCUAAAGGAGGUGAUAUUACCAAAGCUGAUGAAGUCUAAUCUUAGGUCUUAUGCACCAUUUCUGAAAAGUAUUGUAGAAAAGAUUCCCAAAACGGUUACGGUAGUUAGGAUGGAAUCUGUUGAGUAUAUGAUACCCGGCUUUUUUGAGGCUUUCCCAUCUUUGACAAAAUUCCAUUGUUGCUUCAGCCUUAAGGAGUAUUUAAGUGGGGACCCGUGCCCAAGCAUGCGCUCACUGUGGUGUAAUAUGCUAGACAUAAAUGAUAGAAACCAAGUGAAAGUUAGGUUUCCAGGGUUGACAGAGUUCGAGUGGAAUCAUAGAAAAUUUAUGUAACUGCACAUUCUGCUAGUUUACUUUUGAUUAUAUUCAUUAACUUUUAUUUAGAGCAUCAUGAUCAAAAAUAUAUGUACAUGUACAUGUCAAUAGUAAUUUAUGACAAUACCAGGUCAAUCGUGUAAUUGCAAAUAUUCCUAAAUCUUUUUGUGUCAGAAUUUCCUACAUAAAUUUCCUCAUCAAAGCUAAAAAAAAUCCCUUAACACCGUUAAAAGUCCUUAAAGAUUUUCAAAAAAAUUCUUAACAACAUCAAAAAAACCUUUGCACGGUUAACAAAAUUCAUUAGCAAUAUUACAAAAAAAUCCGUAGCAUCGUUAAAAAAACAAAUUAAAAGUAUAUUAGUUUGCUUCACUUAUUGGUUCUUGGCAAAUUCCGUUACCCUCUAAGAAACCUAACUAAGUUAUUACCAGGCGGAGUAUCUAUGUGACUCUACCACAUGGUAAUUAAUUAAUGUAUUAUUGAGUGGUAGACAUUUUGUUACCAACCUGGUGAUAACCCCGGU